AUGGGGUCGUCCCUGGAUGCCCUUCAUGCUCCUUCCAGCUUGACACAGCGCCGACAAGCAGCCUCAAACCUGCCAGUAUUUGAGCUACCCCCUCCAAAUCUCCAGUUCAAUCAGGUAUCAAGCCAAAGGAUUCCUCCUCUGGUUGGAAUAAAUACAUCCCACCCUCCUGCUUCAAGCCUCGGCCAACUUUUAACUCCGCCAUCAAAUUCGGCUUCAGAGGGAAGUGGCUCCUCGUCCACUCUGCCGACAGGGACCACCCCCAACGGGAUUGGACCUGUUCUACCGUAUACACCCACCUUCUUCAAUACUGGGACUACACCAACUGGAUACCACACAGGCUAUACGCCUCAACCAUGGCAACAUGGAAAUUUCCCUACGCGAUCCAUGUUCUCACCGAUGCCCGGACCGCUGAUGAGAAAUAAUACCAACUCGCCAACCGCCGGUGAAGGUUCCGCUCUACCCCCUCCACCUUAUGAGAUACAUUCAGGGCACACAUACCACGGGUCGCAUCUGGGCCUCACGUCUCCCAUCAGUGCGACAAAUCCCCAUUCCGGGUCCUCAAGUUUCACUCCCUCGACUCACGCGAAUGGUGUGCGUCCGCAGAGCCAGCACUCUCCCAUCACGCCUGGAGACGGCACUUCUAAGCCGCAGAGCCACCCAUCUCUCUAUACGAGCCUCUCCAGCUCUGCACAGCAUCCAUCACUGUACUCGUAUUCUGCCCCGACUCCGGUUUCCCAAAGUCCACACCCACAGUCUCUUUCCGCGCCUCGAAUUUCCCCCGUUCUUCACCACGGGGCUGUUCCUCACCACCCUUCACAAUCACCAUUCAUGCGACCACCACCGCCAUCAUAUUCGUUACCCGCUAUGCCAGGGCCAAUAAUGUCAAAUGUCCACAGUCCUGGUGCACAGAUGGCGAUGGUGGGAAAUAUGAACAGUGCAAUGCUUCCAAUGUCAUACAACAGUGGCUAUCAAGCCAAUCCACCAAUGUAUGGGCAACCGAGGACAAGUACACCUCAACAACCACCAACUCAUGAUCGACCAUUCAAGUGUGAUCAAUGCCCACAAAGUUUCAACCGUAACCAUGAUUUGAAGCGCCACAAGAGGAUUCAUUUGGCUGUCAAGCCCUUCCCUUGCAAUCACUGCGAUAAGAGCUUCUCUCGCAAGGACGCGCUCAAGAGACAUAUCUUGGUCAAAGGUUGCGGUAGUGGACAUCCGGUGGACGCGAGUGGGCGUGAUGAUGGAAUCAAGUCUGAUUCAGCCAGUGAGGGCGUGAGCGAGAGUCCAGCAGCUGCAAUGGCUGCAUAA